AUUGUUCCUCCCCUCCUCAUUCAUACCGCUACUCUCCUCACCACCCUAUUUUCGAGCUUUAUUCUACCCCAGAAUACUCUCACACUCCACCACAAUGGGUUUCACCGACUUUGUAUCAGAUGCUGGCCUGACCAUUGCCAACAGCUACCUCUCCACUCGGAGCUACGUCGUUGGCCAUGCUCCAUCUCAAGCGGAUGUUGUAACCUACAAGGCCUUCAGUGCCGCCCCUGAUGCUGCCAAGUACCCUCACGUUGCCCGCUGGUACUCCCACAUUGCCUCCUACGAGUCAGAGUUUUCCACUCUCCCAGGUGACCCAUCCAAGGCCUUCACUACCUACGGCCCAGAGACGACGGCGCUUCCCACCAACCCUAAGGAUAAGCCCGCUGAGGAUGAUGAUGACGAUUUGGACCUCUUCGGCAGUGAUGACGAAGAAGAAGAAGACCCAGAGGCUGUCAAGGAGCGUGAGGCUCGUCUUGCUGAGUACAAGAAGAAGAAGGAGGCCAAGGGACCCAAGCCUGCGGCCAAGUCUUUAGUCACUCUUGAAGUUAAGCCAUGGGAUGACGAGACCGACCUCGCAGAGAUGGAGAAGAACGUCCGUGCUAUCGAACAGGACGGUCUUGUCUGGGGUGCCUCUAAACUUGUUGCCGUCGGUUUCGGUAUUAAGAAGCUUCAGAUCAACUUGGUCGUCGAGGACGAGAAGGUCUCCACCGAUGAGCUCCAACAGAAGAUCGAGGAGGACGAGGACCACGUUCAAUCCACCGAUAUUGCCGCUAUGCAGAAGCUGUAAAUGUGAUGUGCUUAUGAAACCAGGAACGGGAUGAUGAAUAUGGACGUUGACGCCUUUCAGAAUCAUUAAAUAUCAUGACUUUUCUUUACCUAGACACCGGCCGGUGUAGAUCCUGGCCAUAAAAAAAAUUGAAAGUCGCGUUUAAGUGGCACCCACAGCCUUUUUCUAUAUCUUUAACCAUAAUUAUUUUUAUAUCGAUCACGAAA